AUGAGUGCUAGGAAACUACAACAAGAAUUCGACAAGACCAACAAGAAGAUCGCGGAAGGAUUAUCGUCGUUUGACGAUAUCUACACCAAACUCACCACUACGGAGAUAUCUCUGCAGAAGGAGAAGCUUGAAAGUGAUCUCAAGAAGGAAAUCAAGAAAUUGCAAAGGCUGAGAGAACAAUUGAAGUCAUGGUUGAGCGACAGCAGCAUCAAGCUCGAUAAGAACUUGCUCCAAGAGAACCGUACCAGGAUCGAACAUGCCAUGGACCAGUUUAAAGAUUUGGAAAAGUCUCUGAAGAUCAAACAGUUUUCUAAUGAAGGGUUGGAAUUACAAAGUCAAAAAACCAAAUUCUCUAGGUUUGGUGGUGAUGGCGACGAUUCUAAACGUGUAGAAGCGCUUAAUUAUAUCAAUGACAUUAUUGAGCAAUUGAACCAACAGAAUGAAACCAUGGAACAAGAGAUAGAAUCCUUGGGUGGGCAACUGAAGAAGGGGAAAGGUGGUGCAUCUACUUCUUACGCGGUACAAUCGUCAAUUGAUGACUUCAAGUACAAGAUUGAAAGGAAUAAUACUCAUAUUGAGAAGUUGGAGAAUAUUUUGAAUAACCUUGAAGAAGACAAAUUGGAUCCCGCCAAGAUUGAUGACAUCAAAGAUGAUUUGGAAUAUUACGUGGAAAACAACCAAGAAGAAGAUUAUGUGGAGUAUGAUGAGUUUUAUGACCAAUUGGAAGUGGAUGAAGAUGAAGAUGUGGUUGAAGUACAAGGAUCAUUAGCCCAAAUGGCUGCUGAAACUAUAAAUGAAGAACAGCAGCAACAACAACAACAACAACAACAACAGCCACAACCACAACCACAAUCAGCUAAACCGCAACCUGGUUCUGCUACCCCUGCAGCAGCACCAGCUACCGUAGCUCAAGGUUCCUCUCCUUCCCCAUCCACUGCAGGUGCCACAACUGCCACAUCUUCAGGCAGCACCCCAAAUAAAAGGAAGCCUUCGAUUGUGCCUGCACCUGCCCCACCUCCAAUCACGGCGUAUUCCAGUGCCAUAAAAGCAGCACAACAACAAAUUCAAAACACGCCGCCACCAUCCAAUGUUGCUCCAGCUACAGCUUCCGCCGCUCCUACAACUGCAUCAUCCAGUGCCUCGUCUACUCCUGCCAAAAUGCCACCUCCAGGCUUGAACCAACCUAAAUCACAAUCGGCAUCUCCAUUAAUCAGUAAACCUAAACUUGCCGGUUCAGAUGAUGAUUCUGACACCGAUGCCAUCUCGCGAAUCUCGUCGAUUAUUCAAUCGCGGUUAAACAAUCCAUUGCCCUUUACUUCUAUAAGCAACCUUGUUGAAUCGUCACUAUUAAACUGUCCAGAUUCCUUUGAUGCAGAAAAGCCAAGACAAUACAUUCCUAUCAAUAUCCACCCUUCCCUGAUCGACUACCCUCAGGAACCAAUGUAUGAAUUGAACAGUGCCAAUUAUAUGAGGAAGUUUGACAAUGACACAUUGUUCUUUUGCUUUUACUACAGCGAAGCCAAUGAUAGCUUUGGCAAAUGGAAUGCAGCCAAGGAAUUGUCUAAACGCGGGUGGAUAUUCAAUACUGAGUUAAAACAAUGGUUUUUGAAGGAUAACAAGAACAGAUCUAUGUCGGUAAUACAAAAGGAGGAGGAAGCUGAGCAUGCUACUGUUGAUGAUGACGAAGCUAACUAUAAGUAUUUCGAUUAUGAAAAGACAUGGUUGACUAGAAGAAGAGAAAAUUAUAGGUUUUCUAAGGAGUUGAGAAAAACAUUUUAGAAAGGUGUACCUAAUGUUGUCUUCUUCUGUUGUAAUAAUAUUGAUAUAUCUAUAUAUAUACAUAUAUAUAUAUUAUAAAUUGGUAUAAGUUUUGCCGUUUACAAUUUUGCAAUGUUUCAUGUAAGGUGCACAAUUUUGCAAUGGAUUGGGUUUCAUGUAGGAAUCUGCACGAUCCUGAAACGUUAAAAAAUAAAUUUCUUUUUUUAGUGUCGCUCGCUAAAUCUAAAUCUAGACUUUUUUUUGUGGGUUGUACGCGCCUAGUGUAGUGAUCUCGUGUUACGAUUCCCAGGUAAGUCAAUGUAGGUUUUGACAUGGGAUAUGUAUGGAGUAGUUUAGCUGGUAGUUGCAUGAGUUCACAUGAGAGUUUCAUGUGCGAUGGGAUGGAAACAUAUCUGAGCCAGGUAUGGUUACACUAACUACGUAGAACCUGUAACAGAUCAAAUCACUCAUGUGACAGGUAUAUGUACUCUGCAAGAUCCUCUCAAGCGAGGAUGUAGUGCAAAGACUGGACAAUACUUGCCACGAUCUACAAUGACCAGUAUCUUCUAUCCUCUGUUUCGUAUCUGAACCUUUGAUAGGUUAAAACCUGCCAGCGCCAAAAGUUAAAUC